UUUGAGGAUUACAAAGCCAAAUGCGAGAAUCUUCAACAGCAGUUAUCCCAGGUCAACGAGAAUUACAUUUUCCAACGAAGUCAGACGAAGAAACUGUCCGACAAGCUGAAGUCUAGAACAGAAGAAGCUCAACAGUAUGAAAUCCUUAAACAACAAUGCAGGGAAAAACAGUAUCAGGUUAUGGAAUUAAAUUCCUUACUCGAAGACAAGACAAAAGAACUUGACGACGUGAAAAACUGGGCAGAAGCCUUGAAGAACCGCUACGACACAGUCCUUGAGGAACGAAACGAAAUACUCGUCAAACAGCACACAACGGUAGAGAGUCUGUCCCGUUCCCAAAACAACAUCACCGAUUUGAAAAUCAAAUUAAACAGAUUGACACGUGAGCUGACAGAACUGAAAAAAGAGCGCGAAAAGCUCGACAAAGAGGUCGCAAUGUUUCGCAACCAAGCUAAGACGGAGAACGAAGCAUAUCUAAAAGCAACUGAAAAAAUUGAAGAGACCAAGGCGUACUUUAAAGAACUUCUUGAAUCGAAAGACAAGGACUUGAAUGGGACAAAAGAGUUGGCCGAUUUUUAUCACAAGCAAGUUGAAGAGCUCAAGGGAGACUUACGUCAGAGUAAAGAGGAACUUGACAUUACUUUGAAGGACAAUGACGACCUGUUGUCGCAGAUAAGCAAGCUCAGGGUGGAAUUUGACAUGACAGUUGAAACACUAGAGGAAGAGAUUAGUAAGUGGGAAGAAACAAAGAGUAAUGAAGAUGAAAUACCAAAACGUGCUCAAGAAAACGAAGACCACGACUCGAGUGAUGGUAGGGCCACUAAUGGCUACAACUGGAAGAAACGGGCGACAUCUGACCUGUUACAAAGCAUUAGAAAAAGGUUUAAUAAGACUCCUGACAGCUCGACAGUUCUUACGGAUAAGAGGAAUCAGCAGUUCCGAAAAAGCCUUAGCUUUGACUCAUGGCUCGAAAAGGUGAUCCCUGCGUACAACGGACUCUCAUUAGAAAGCAGGAAUAAAUUCAGCUUGGAUCGAACGUAUGGUCACAAGCCAAUGCAACCGUUGCCUUUCGAAACGGUGGCUCAGAUGUACUCCGAAGGCACCGAUACCGUUGAGUUCUCGCCCAGCCGACUUGGCAUGACUAGUCAGAGCCGAGAGACAGCGUCAUUUCCGUUUUACGACAGAAUGAGAAUGAAGCAUAUGAGAAAAUCGUCCAGUCCUUUUCCAAUGUCUGAAUGCGACCCUGUAGCUCUUCAGGUCUUUAGGGAAUUUGUCGGCGAGAAGUGGAGAGAGGAAGAGAUGGAAAACAAGAAACCUUGUCAAGAUGAAGAAAGCAGUGAUGAUGUUGACAGUCCAUCACUACGACAAAAGGUUUCCAGCGAGGCGGACGACAAUAACAAUUUAUCUUCGCCUCAGUUUACGGGCAAAAAAGUGACGGGUUUCCGACCUCGCUCUCAUGCUAUUACCAAUGAUAUCUACGUAACAGAAAGAAGACAUUCCUCUGACUACCAUCUAUCAACCGAAAAGCAAAGCACAAGAUAUGCCGAUAAGGAGCACGCUGAACAAGGCUCAUGACAACGCGGGCUCAUAAACGGAUAACCGGUGGCCAUCCUAUAAUACUUUUUCAUGGCCGCCAUGUUGGUUAAACUGUAAACGUUCGUUUGUAUAUUUGUUUGUUUGUUGUUGUUAUCGUAGUCAUUGGGUUUUGCUGUCGUUGUUUGUUUGUCUUUGUCGUCUUGUUUCGUUUUUC